GAUGAUGCAUGAAGUGCGCCACGUUGCCUGUUCUUUUCGGUUCCAACCUUUGCUUUGUAAUCUCUCUCUCUCUCUCUCUCUCUGGUUUUCAAUCAUUCUUCUUCUGCUUCUGUCUCGUCCGGCCAUUCCCUGCAAUCAAUCCGAUUCUCCUCCAUUCCAUUCCAUUCCAUCGCUGUUUAGAGAGAGACAGAGAGAGAUUCAGCUGAUUCCACUCACGUAAGCAUUUCUAUAGAUCAUCAGAUUCGGAUCAUCGCUGUCCGGUUCUUUCCACGCGGCCGCAACCGUUUACUGGAGCUGCAAUCCGAGACAUUCCGGCGGGAGAUCCGUCGCCAUUACAUUUGUUUCCUUUGUCUCUUGGAAUUUGUUAUCCAGCUCGCUGAAUCUUUCGUCAUUCGACUUCCUUUCACCCUGGCCGAUCCUCUUUGAAUAAGUUUUUGCUCGCUGGGAUGCGCCGAUUGGUUUCCUGGACAUUUACCUAUUAACAGACAAAAAAAAAGAGGCUGACCCAAGUAACGGUUAUUGUUGGGGUUACCGAUAUUUAAAAAGCUUCAAGAUGAUGGUAGAUACAGGUGCAUCGGAAAAACCAGAUCCUGCGGUUGUCUUCAUGAUGGAGAAAGAGGAAGAUAUUAGUUUCGCCAGCGGAGGUUGGAAGAGCGAUGAUGGAAGAUUAAGCUGCGGAUAUUCAAGUUUCAGGGGAAAGAGGGUGACGAUGGAGGAUUUUUAUGAUAUUAAGACAUCCACAAUAGAUGGGAGGACAAUAUGCAUGUUCGGAAUAUUUGACGGUCAUGGUGGUUCACGGGCCGCUGAGUAUUUAAAGGAGCAUUUGUUUGACAAUCUCAUGAAGCAUCCACAAUUUAUGACAGAUACAAAGUCAGCAAUAUGUGAGACAUAUCAAAAGACUGACGUUGAUUUUUUGGGGUCAGAAAGAGAUUCUUUGCGAGAUGAUGGCUCAACUGCAUCAACUGCAGUGCUAGUUGGUAGCCACCUGUAUGUUGCCAAUGUGGGAGAUUCAAGGACUGUGAUAUCUAUAGCUGGAAAAGCUAUUCCUCUCUCCGAAGAUCAUAAGCCUAAUAGAAUUGAUGAGCGCAAGAGAAUAGAAAGUGCUGGGGGUGUUAUUAUGUGGGCAGGGACAUGGAGGGUUGGAGGUGUCUUGGCUAUGUCUCGUGCUUUUGGGAACCGCAUGCUAAAGCAAUAUGUUGUAGCAGAGCCCGAGAUUCAGGACCAAGAGGUCGAUGAAGAACUCGAAUUGGUCAUUCUUGCAAGUGAUGGAUUAUGGGACGUUGUACCUAACGAGGACGCUGUCUCAAUCGCCCGAGCAGAGGAGGAAGCCGAAGCAGCGUCUCGGAAGUUGACAGAAACCGCUUAUACCCGGGGAAGCGCUGACAAUAUAACCUGCCUCGUGGUGAAGUUCCAUCAUGAGAAGAAAGUGCCCGUAGACCCAGUGGCUUCUCAAGACACCAAAGAGAAGGCUACAAUUGAGUCGAUGCGGGUUGACUGAAAAGAAGUGUUGUAGCUAAAAAGUUUUAAUUUAUCUUGAGGUAACAUUAAGAUCUGCGCGCAUGCAUGAUUUGCUGGCUUGUACAGAUCAAUCGCCGAGGAUUUGUCAAUUUGUUUAAUUUAUUGGUUUUUGUUUUCUCUUUGUCA